AAAACACGAAUCAGUGUACUCCAGAGAGAGAGAGAGAGAGAGAGAGAGUAUUGGAUUCAGUCUCACCAACUCCACUACUGAGAGUCGUGAAACCCGGCGGCGAUAGAAGGAAGAAGAAAUGGCGUCGAGUCAAGUGAGAGCAUCGCACAUACUGAUAAAACACGAGGGAUCUAGGCGCAAAUCGUCAUGGAAAGAUCCAGAAGGUCGCAUCAUCUCUAACACCACUAGAGACGCCGCCGUUUCACAGCUUAAAGCCUUUCGUGAUGACAUCAUCUCCGGCAAAUCUAAAUUCGAAGAUGUUGCUUCUCGCUUCUCCGAUUGCAGCUCCGCUAAACGUGGUGGCGAUCUCGGUCCAUUCGGUCGAGGACAGAUGCAGAAACCUUUUGAAGAUACAACUUAUGCUCUGAAAGUUGGUGAGAUCAGUGACAUCAUUGAUACUGACAGUGGUGCUCACAUAAUUCUGAGAACCGGUUAAAGUUGGCAGAGGGAGUUCUACAGAUUCAAGAGCAAUUGCAAGUUGUAACGCUUCUUUUCUUCAUAUUUGUUGUUUCUGAAAAGGACCCUCCCACGCUUGCGACUUACUGCAGUAACGAACUUUAUGAAUUUUGAUUGUAUUAUCAGUCAAACACAACUUCAAAUGCCUUCCCCCGCUUUUUGUGGUUUUUAGUGGUGGUGCUGGAAUCUGGAUGUACUGAAAAUGGCAUUUUGGGAAGUUCUUUGUGUAUCA